AAAAAAAUUUUUUUUAGUGUUUGAAUUAUUUAAACUGUUCAUUCAUGAUUUUCUGGUGGUAAUUUUUCUUUAAAAAAAGACUGGAAACAAGCCAGGCGUGGUGGCACAGGCCUAUGAUCCCAUCACUGGAGGCAGAGGCAGGAGGGUCACAAGUUUUAGCGCAGCCCAGGUUCAUGCCUUUGUAUCACCAAAAGAAAGACAGACUAGAAGCAAACAGACUAUGGUAUUAACAGAAGUUAACCCUAUUACGAAUGCUAACCCCCUUCUGUUUAUUUUCAAAUUCAGUUCUGAAAACAAAUUGUUGUUCAGCUGAAGAGCACAAGACAGUUAAGUGGACAGCGUUAAUGUCUCUGCCUCCCGCUGCACAGUCACCAGGCACAACCACAGCACUUAGGUCUCUUCUCCUUCGCCUUGGUACCCAGUUGUAGCUCCUGCUGGUUGGCUCAGCGCUGUGACCCGAAGUGUGUUGGGUUAAAGUAAAGGGUACAAGUCAGAGACAGAGAGAUCAAAGUUAACAUCUUUGAUAUGGCCGGACAUCCCUUCUUCUAUGAGGUUCGAAACGAGUUCUACAAGGACACGCAGGGUGUGAUCCUGGUCUAUGACGUGGGGCAGAAGGAGUCCUUUGACGCCCUAGACGCGUGGCUGGCAGAAAUGAAGCAGGAGCUCGGGCCUCAUGCAAACAUGGACAGCGUCAUAUUUGUGGUGUGUGCCAACAAGAUUGACUGCACCAAGCACCGCUGUGUGAGUGAAAGUGAAGGGCGUCUCUGGGCUGAGAGCAAAGGUUUCCUCUACUUUGAGACUUCAGCCCAAACCGGAGAAGGAAUCAAUGAGAUGUUCCAGACCUUUUAUGUAUCCAUAGUCGAUUUAUGUGAAAAUGUCGGGAAACACCCUACCACAAACAGCAGCACUAGCUUCACCAAAGAGCAAGCGGACACCAUUCGCAGAAUUCGAAAUAGCAAAGACAGUUGGGACAUGCUGGGCAUCAAACUGGGGGCCUCACGGGAGGAAGUCAAUAAAGCCUAUCGGAAACUCGCUGUGCUUCUCCACCCCGACAAGUGUGUGGCACCCGGUAGCGAAGAUGCCUUCAAAGCAGUUGUGAACGCCCGGACAGCCCUGCUGAAGAGCAUCAAGUAGGGGACCAGGGACAGCGAGCUGGGACGCAAGUGUACACUGCCUUCCCCGGGAGGCGGAGUAACCAGUGUGGGGUUUUCUUCACAAAAUCUCACUGCUCUGUUCACUCACGUGCUGUCAUGUAUGAACCAGUGACCCAGGGGCCUGUUAGCACCUCACAGCAUUUUACAGCGAGGUGACCUGCAUGUGUAGGAGGUGAGGGAACCAGGGGUCACCUGUGCGCCGCACCCCACGUCCCAUUGUCAUUCGUCGUAAGCCCUUCGACACUUCUCUCAUGAAGGUCUACGUGGUUCCUAGAGAGAGGGAAGACAGUAGCAAGACCCUUUUUUCCCUUCUUUUUCUCCUUCUUUUUAAAUUCAUCAUCAGAGAAACACAAGUAGGAGAGAAAAUAGCAAAAACUAGUAGAGAACAUCCCAGGGAACGGCCCCUGAGGGUCCAAAGUACUGUUCCUGUCGCUUGCUCCCUGUGUUGAGCGUUCUUUUGGUGGCCUUUUCACCAUCUAGUGGACUUGGGCAGCCGUCUGAGGUUGGGAAGUGAAGCCGCACCUUUCUGAGUUGAGCAGCCCUUCUGUGGCAUUUGCUCUGUCCCCUCAUCCAGCCAUCAGGCGAGAGACCAGCCAGUCCUAAGGGAAAGGCAGUGACACCAACGGAUGCUGGUGCCAGUGCCAGUGCUGGUGCCGCUGCUCGUCCUGCCCGUCUGGACCUGCGCGAGGCCUUCCCCUGCCCCGGAAGCGGGCGCUGGCAGCCCUGCGCACCUGGGCACGAGUCUGAGCGCGGGGUGGAAGUGCUUGGGGCUCGCCUGGUGACGCCCACACAGGCCCAGGGCAAGGCCAGCCUAGUAGGUGCGUUUGGGGCCUGGAGAUCCUGUUGGAGGCCUGGCCUUUUUCAUUCUGAGGCAGGAGGGAGAGACAGGUUCCCCCCGAGCGAGCCCAGCCUCCUCCCCUUCACUUACCCAUUUCUCCCUUCCUCCUUUACCCUCUUUGUUUUUUCUUUUCUUUUUUAAGAAACCUCACGUGUGCCAUCAGGUCUCCUAGAUUCACUGGCUUCCAGCCAUGACUCCUGGUUGACCAGAGAGUGGAGACUUUCUAAGCCUCGUAUGGGUCUGAAUCUCGGUAAUUUCUGCUUGGGCUCCAAAUUUCUAAAUAGUCAUAAUUUUGAACGACAGGUUAUGAAAACUACUUUCACAUAGAGAAAUACAUCCUGUGCCAUAGUCUCCUCCUCAGGCUGCAGGGGUGGGUGAGGAUCAGUGUGAGGACUGACAUUUCUCACCACGCGCAGAGCCGUCUCAUUACGUGACUCAGUGCAUCAUCGUGGUCUUCGUGUUACUCAUAUUUUUCGCUGCAACCACUUGUACUUAUUGGAGCUUUGAAGUAUAUAAGAUGUUGCUGUCUGUGAAUUUUAAACAGCUAGCCCAUAUUGAUUGCCAAGGAGCCUAUACUGUAUUACCUAAGAAGAAGAGUCCCUUUCUUCCAACCAGGCCACACUGCAGUCUGCGGCCUUUCCACCUCGCCCAAAGCCACGCCCCUCCUAUGGCUGCACAGAGGUUGUUGUCAGAAACCAGAGCAUUGUUUUUAUUUUUGUUUUUUGUGGUGCUAGGGGUUGAGGCCGUGGCUCUGUGCCUCCUAGGCAAGUACUUAACCAGUAAGCUACAUCUCCAGCCCCAGGUCAUUGCUUUGUAAUAGGAGUUUUCAUCUGGGUGAUAAUCAAACAUACUUUUUUUCUUAAAGAUUGGAGACCUGAUACAUUGUUUUCUCAUGGGAUUUUCCCCUGGCCCUUCCACUAGCAUCAGGGACCGCAGAGCUCCACCCCGAGUUCUGGACCCUAGGCUUGCUGAAGCCCACCCUCUUGCUUGAGGUGCUCCAACGUCGGUCGGCUCUUGGAGCAGGUGUAGGAGUCAGUGAGGGAGGGCAGGGGUCCUACGCAGCGGGGUCUCCCCACACUGACUGCAGAGCCCACGGAGCGCGGGCCUGUGUGCAGCUGGUGCCAGUGUUCGUCACGGUGAUUAGACGCUCAGCCACUCACCUCAGUCAGCUGCAGUACGUUGUUCAGAUGAGCAGCUGUGGCACAGAGAAUCUUCUAGAGCUCCCAUUCGCAUCCUCAGGAGUGAGUUGUCAAAGUAUAACUUUGGCUUGAUUCUUGAGUCGCGGGACUCAGUUUCCAGCACCUUCAUUAUAAGCGUGCAGGAUGGCCCUGCUAUACUCAUAGAUGCGGAAGUAUUAACAUGAGAAAGUUAAGCCUCCAGGUCCUAGACAUUAUCUGAUUUUCCUAAUACUUCAAGCAGACCAUUAAGAAAUAGCAAAGCCUGAUUUGCAGUGAAAAGGUCCUUUGGUACUAACUUCAUGCAAAACUUUACCGAUCUCUAUGCAUUAACUUAAAUUCUUGGUGCAGACUUGUGCUUUGUAGUUCAGUCUUAUCAAAAAUUCUCCAGCAAGUUAGGAUUUCAAAAAUACACUGGUGAGAAUCACAAGGAGCAGAAUACUUUCAGUGGCUAAAAAGCGUUGUAUAAAGAAUCUUGUUUUU